AUGCCUACAAAUGAAGAGGAAUGGCUUCGCAUCCAAGCAGAACUUCAUUCUCUCUGGCAGUUUCCAAAUUGCUGUGGUGCUUUAGAUGGGAAGAGUGUUCUUAUAGCCAAACCUCCAAAAUCAGGUUCAACAUAUUAUGACUACAAAUGUCAUUUCAGCUCCAUACUUCUUGCCCUUGUUGAUGCGAAGCCGAGAUUCAUUUAUGUAGAUGUUGGUAGUGCAGGACGUGCCAGUGAUGGAGGUGUAUGGGAGAAAUGCUCUUUGAAAAGGGCACUUGAUAGGGAUUUGGUGAAAUUUUCUCCUCAUAAGUCCUUACCUUUUUUGCAGAAAGCAUGCCCAAGUGUGAUUCUUGCCGAUGAUGCUUUCCCUCUCACUACUACUUUAAUGAAACCUUACCCUGGUCGAGGACUGACCCAUGAGAAAAGGAUGUUCAACUACAGGCUCUCUCGUGCUAGACGCACAUAA